UCAUUUCAUUUUCUUCUCGUCUGCUCUUUUUUUUUUUAAUCUAACGGUCUUUUGCGAGUGAAACAAAAUAAAGUGCUACAACAAACUUCUCAGUGACUCGUUGUGCUUGGAGUCUUUGAUUGAGCAGACUGAGAGGAUGUGGAGGAGACGGGCUCAGAUUCUGGGCCUGCUGCUCUGCACUCUGGGCUUGGGUUUGGUGGCGAGCACACUGGCAAUGGACCACUGGAGAUCAGCUCAGCUGGAAGGUGAAGUGGGUAAAUCCUCCGUGGUAGUGGCGGCAUGGUACUGGUCAGACCUGUGGAGGGACUGCUAUGAAGACUCUAGCGCUCUGGUGAACUGUGUAGACUUGGGGGUGAUGUGGACGGUCAAAUCAUACGUCCAGGCAGUCAGAGGUCUCCUCAUGAUCGGCAUUUCCCUCGGCCUCUUUGGCACCGUGCUCGUGUUUUUCGGCCUGGAGUGUACACGCAUUGGUGGAGAGCAGAGAAGUAAGGACAGGCUGUUAAUGACGGCAUCUGCUUUCCAACUUCUCGGCUGUGUGUCAGACCUGGCGGCUUAUUGUUUGUACAUAAACAGAGUGGUCGUGGCAUAUUUACACAGCAAAGCAGAUCCGUCAAAAAUGAGCUAUGAAAUCGGCCCACCACUAUAUCUGGGUCUGGUGGCGACUUUCCUUAUUUUCCUUGGCUGUAUUAUUCACUGUGCAACAGUUUACAGAAGAGAACACCCACAAAGCAGACGUCCAAUGUUUCCUGUAGAAGAACGAGAGUUUAGAGGAAGAAAACACAUACAUGGCCACAAAAACAGGUCCAGUGUUUCCCAGAGUGCACCUGCCUACAAGAUGACUUCUGUUGUGAUUGUGUGAUACAAAAGGUUGAUUUGAGCUCAUCUGUCAAGUUGAACAAUUUUCAAAUGAAUAAUGUCUCUUGGCUUUUUUUUUUUUUUUUUUUACAUUAAACAUGAUUUUCUUUGGAACUUCUCAUUUUUGGUGGCUCAUCUUCUGCACUUGAACCUCCACUAUUGUACCAGAUGAUUGCACACAAAAACAAUCAAGACAUCAACAAUUAAAACUUAAAAACUAGCUCCUUUUUUUUUUAUUAUGUUGUGUUUUAUUUGCAUUUUUAGUUUAUUUUUAAAUUUUAACGUCUUGACUCUAGCCUUCUUCUCUUCAUUCCACCCUGUGUUGUGCUUUAUGGUUGUAUUUGCUUUUUAAAUGUUAUUUUUGUGUUUUUAUUUGCAUCUUUUGUUUUAUC